AUGGUGGUAAAGGAGUGUCGCAUCACACAUCCCGACGACACACUGAACCAGUACCUCGACAUUGUCAACAACAAGGCUGUUAUGGUCACUAAGAAGCCGGACCGCUGGAUGAUUGAGUAUGUUUCCGAGACCGAGUUUACUAUGCGUCGCGGGGCAAAGUAUCUGGUGGCUGAGGACACCACGGUCCCGGGUACGAAUGGCGACAAUAUCCGACUCACCGUCAACACGAGCAAGACCGCCCCGAAAAACAAGUGGAUCAUGAAGGAACAGGUCUUUAUCCAGAGCGUGGCUAACGAUUAUAUUGUGGUCAACUACUCCAGUGCCGAUGUGGUCAUGUUGAUGGUUGCCGGCAUAUUUAUCGAGUACGAGGACCAGAAGUGA